UCAAACGUUUUUCGAGUUUUCGCACGAGCUGAAUGAACUGGCUAGCUCCUCAAGUGAAGUUGAUUCGUGUAUGGCUGUUCCUGUACAGAAGUUUUUGUGUUAUUAAAUGUGACCACCUGAAUUGCAAACGAUGGCAUGCAAAGAUAGUGGAUCGGACCGAUUUGAGUAUCUGCAGAAUCUUGUGACAGAAUUCCAGGACACAGAUUGUGAUGAGGCCAAAGAGCAGGUUUUGGCCAACCUGGCAAACUUUGCCUAUGACCCACGAAACAUGGGGGAUUUGAGGAGGCUGCAAGUAACGGAACUGUUUUUGGACAUGUUGACAGAGGAAAACGAAAAUUUCGUGGAGUUUGGAAUUGGAGGUUUGUGCAACAUGAGCAUGGAACGCGAGUCCCGCGAUGAGAUUCUGUGCAGCGGUGGCGUGGAUCUCGUGAAGAACUGUCUCUCCAGUCGGCGAGACGAGACCGUCCUCUCCGCCAUCACUACCCUUAUGAACCUCACCACGGCGAACUCGCGCAGCCAGACCACCGACGCGGCGGUGGUGCAGUGCAUGGUGCGGCUGUCGCUCUCGGAAAAUUCCCGCAUGCGCAAUCUGGCAACUAUGUACUUGGAGGACUAUUGCCCCGAGGAGCAGGUGAAGAGGGCUAGAGAGGAGAGUCAAGUACAAUGCCAAACCGCGCUUGGGAUCCCUCUCCCGAAGGACUAACCUAGGAUUUAUAUGGUUAAAUUGCACAUUGAACUGUGUUGUGAAUAUGCACUAUGCGUUAUUGUCUGGAUGGGGGACGCAGUCUGCAUGUAUGUGGACCAAGACAUUAUGCUUGAAACUCACCUAUUUAUAUUCCCUUAACAUUAUUUUUUGUUGUAGUUGGUCAUUGUUAUGUUUUAGUGUAAAUAUAAAAUAAUUUCCCUUUAGGAAUGUACACACUGAUGUGCCAUUGGGCUGCUAUACCCAACAGGAACACAUGGGGGAGACAGCAUCUGCGAUUCAGAUUUGGGUUGGUCAGAGCACAUAACUCUUGCCCUCAAUGGCUACACAAUGUGUAGUGGGUGCGAUCAUUGAGAACAGCUGCAACAUUUUCCUAAGCCUCUUAGGAAGCAACUGUCACUGAAGCACGCUCUUUAAGGAGCCUCUGAACAAUCAUCCCAAGAGAAAUAAAUACUAAAUAACCUGUCCUCUUGUUUCAAACAUUACAUUUUUUAGGAUUAGACUACAUUAAAUUGACAUUUCGUAUCCAAAGAAGGAAAUUAUUAUAGAACCCUUGAGAUACAAGCCAACUGAGCAUUCUUAGCCACUGCGAGAUGUACUGUAAGGAACGGAAGAAGAAGAACCCAGAGGAGUUGCGUGGACAGAAUAUUGCAGAACCGUAUGUUCCUGUGACAUAACAUCCAGGCCUCAUCGUCAUCUGUUUCCUUCUACCUGGUAUUACAGGGAAACCAAAACAGGACAGAGGCGCUUGACAUGUGGUUUCAAUAUGCACAGCAAUCCACAAAGAAAUUCCCCAGUAAUAUAGCUCAUCAUUAUAUAAAGUCUGUGGUCCACGUCGUCCAGCAUACAUAACCGGUCUGGAGACAUGCAGAGGGGCCAGCGGAGGCGACUGCAGUCUGUUCCUGGGGCCCCUGAUGCAGCUGAGGGCCAGGGCAAGGAUUCCUGGAGCAGGUGGCCCUGCGCUGGACAGUACAGACCAGCAUGGGUAUGCCACUGCUGGGAGGCAAGUGCGGAACAGAUGUUGCUGGCAAUAAAGUUCUGAUAUAAAUCA